CCACUGAGCAUGCGCAGAAGUGUCGGUCCUCUACAUUUGCUCGCAGACAUCAUCACAGGUUGAAGUGAGCAUCUUCAUCCACAAAGAGGGAGCCGGGCUGUUUUGUCUUUCCUCUCGGCUCUGUCGUUUAUCCCCCGUCGCUGUCGCCUCUGCUGCAGUGUGUCCAACAUCAGCACGCGGGGAGCAGAAGCCAUAAGAUGAAGAAACGUUAUGUGGACGCGAACAGGCUACGGAAGAUGAAAAAGCUGAAAAUCACGGAGAAGCUGUCUGAAAGCGCGUACACCUUCCUGAAGUUUAUGGUGAUGUGGACACUGGUGCUGCUGGCAGACUUCAUCCUUGAAUUCAGACUGGAGUACCUGUGGCCGUGCUGGCUCUUCUUUGGGAGCGUGUACACCACUUUCCACUGCCAUGGGCUGGUUAUUUGUGUUGUUUUUGUUUGCGCUGCCUUCACUCUGGACAUCUUUUGUUUAAUUUUUGUUCCUUUGCACUGGCUGUUCUUUGUGGCGAGCACCUAUGUGUUAUUCAAUUACAUAUGGCACACAGAGAAGGGCAUCUGUAUAUCAACUGUGUCUCUGUGGAUCCUGCUCGUGUACACAGAGGCUUCACUUCGACUCAAAGACCUUAAAACCUCACAUGCCAACCUGUCCCAUCUUUUUGCCGCUCACUGUAUUGGAUAUCCUGUAGUUUAUCUGGGGUUUGAUGCCACCUGCUACUUCACCAACAUCUUUAAGCUGCGCAUACAGAAAGCAGUGCAGAGUGAGAAUGACUUCCAUAUGCACCUCCUUCAGCACUCACUCCCCCCAGGCCUGCAGGUUUAUCCCAAGACAGGCACAGAUGGCAGCAGCACCUCCAAAUGGAAAGUCAAGCCUGAGUCGAGUCAGUAUCAGUGUCAGAACGGUGCUGUGGUGGCCCAAGAUGAGGCACACACCGUGGACUGCCUCCAGAUCCGCAGCGAGGAGAGAGCAACAGAGAAAGGGUCACAGGAGGUGAGGUCAGCCGAACCAAACCGCCGGCCACCAUCGUCAUCGUCGUCAUCAUCCAAACCCAGUGUGGGUGAGUCCAAAGAUCUGCUGCACAGCAGCACAGGAGGACCGGAAUCAUCAACAACUCCAGAAAAUCUACCUCAAGAGGAGCACGGCAGCAAAGCAACGCGAGCAGCUAAGAACUCCUCACCAAAAGUCAGAAGAAGCAGCUCAAAUACUCCUUCACCUCCUGCGGGAAGGACUGAGAAGAAACACAGGUCCAGCUCCAAAACAGUCAGCCCCAACAGGGACGCAGCAGCUCAGAGCGCCACAGCAGCUCAGAGUUACCACACUGAACAGACAAGCAAGCUGGAGCAGGAGCUGAGGAGGCUGAAGAGUGAGCUGCAGUCGAGCAGGCAGACCGAACAGGAGCUUCGAAGUCACAUCUGCAACCUGACCAACAGCGAGAGGAGCCUUAGACCAGAGGUUUCCCUGCUCAGACAGUCCAACAUGCUUCUCCAGAGCAAGAUUCUGUGCCUAACUAAAAACAAGCAGAGGGACAAGCAGACUUGUGUGAUGCUGGAGAAGAAGACCAGAGCAGAGGCAGAGGCCAGACUCUCUGCUGAGAAGCAGUUGGCUGAGCUUCAGGCUCAAAAACUGGAGGAGGCGGCGAGCACAGCGCGGAGUCUAACAAACAGGCAGGAACACUGUGAAACCCAAAUGUUAAGGAAAAAGGUUAAAGAGCUAGAGACAGAGUACAAACAACUACAACUGGAGUAUCAAGUGAAAGAGAGUCGUGUGGUAGAUCUAGAGAGUGAUGUUGAGGCUCUGGGAAAGUACCGCUGUGUGGAAAAAGAGACAGAUAUGCUGCUGUCCACUUUGUCAGCCAUGCAGGAAAAGGCUCAACAUCUGGAGUACAACCUGAGCGCUGAGACUCGCAUCAAACUGGACCUCUUCUCUGCGCUGGGAGACGCCCGCAGACAGCUAGAAAUCGCCCAAGAUAAGGUGAUGAAGCAGGACAGGGAGAUAUGUGAGAUGAAGAAGAAGAUUGCCGAGGUGAUGGCGGUGAGCCCCGGCAUGUCCUACAUGGCGCCCCGGCCCCACGUGCCACAGAAUCUCACCAAGUUGCUCAACUCCGAGCGCUACGUGUUGAAUCCACGAGCAUUGAUGUACCAGUGUUUGAAGAAAUAGGGGACGUCCCAGAGCUUUCACACCUCAUCAGAACUCGUCAGAUCCGGACGAGUUUAUCACAGAGCUAAACAACACCGCGAAGUCCUCUACUUCCAGCCAUGAGUGGAACCAGGCCAAGCCUCCACGAGUCGAAUGCCUUUUGCUGCACUGUUGGUGCUAACUUGAUAUCAUUCUGUAUAUUUCCUGUUUUCUGCCACAUCACAGGUCGAAGAGUUUCACUCCAAAAUGAGGUAUCUAAUAUGCAGAGCUGGUCAUUUUUUUGAACAAGAAAAAAAAAAGGUUUACUUAUCCCGAUUAAAUACAAAUGCAGGUGUCAGCAGAGAUACAAACCAAGUAGAUUUAUCUGAAUGAAGACCUGGUGCCCGAUGUGGACAUGCCCAGAGGAAGAUGGCACUGACAGGUUCUCUGCUGCAGCUGUAAAAUAUUUAAUUAAAAAGCUCUUUACAGUUUAACUCCUGGCAUGAAAGUAAAGUUAACCAAACAACAUUAUUUAAGUCCGUUCAUGUGUUAAACUUACAGAUGUGUAAGAAUUCAGAGUUUUCUUGGUCUGCUGCAAUACUGACAAGAAGAUUCAAAGUAAUAUCUUUUUAAGCCCUAUCUGUCAGUAUUUAUUAGAACAAAAUGAUCAUUGAGGUCCAGCAGUACAGGUACUGAUCAUAAAAUUAAGAAAACAGUGGCUGACUUCUGUUCCGGUGUCUCAGUCAGUUGUGAUAGUCAAACCACGUGACUCUGAAACUGGAAAUCAGCCAUCACGCUUUUUUCACCGUCUCUGCUUUUCUUUGAAAAAGAGGCCAAAUUUUAGACUUAAAUCUUUAAGGGAUUUUGGGCAAAUAUUGGAGUUGUGAACAUUAUUUACAUUCAUGUCUAAACAUGAUUAUAGAAAGAUGAGAAAUUCGUAUACAGACUUUUGUCAAAGCCUCAGUGGUUAUGAUAAUGAACUUGUUUCUCUAAAUGUCUCUAUUGGAGAAAAAAUUUUGAAUAAUAAAUUUGGUAUAUAUAUAUAUGUAUACACAUUUAUAUAACCUGGUCGGCUACAUCAUUAAAACCACCAGCUGAAUAAUGUGCAGGGCCCUCUUGAGCCAUGAAAACCUUCACGGAUCUGCCCUGCUGCAGGUCCUUGGAUUGCUGCAUGUUUUCUGUAGGUUUUGAGUUGGGCUCGAUUUGGAUUGAGAGUUCGGAUUGAGACCCUUUAAGAGGAGGGACUACUCUUCCAUGGUCUCUUCAGGUGUCUGUUGUCCCAAACUGAGUACCAUCACCGCCUUAGGUUGUUUUCUGCGCUUCUUCAUAUGCUCAUGAGCACUUUUUGUGGGAGAACGCUGCCAUCGGGAAACGCCAUUACCAUGUAGCGGGUGUUUGGUUUGCCUGCCGAAGUAUUUAAGUGGACGAUAAACCCGUAUUCUUUUGUGGUGAUUUCCGGGUUGAUCUGCUUUCCACUCUCACCUAAGGCCACGUGCUGUAGAUGGAUCUCAUUCUUUCAGACACUGUAAGAGUUUUCUACAAAGGCAGGGUGGGCUCUCCCUUAGAGAUACGAUAAGAAGCUGGGUUGUUCAGGAGGGGCGUAUGACAAGGAUGCCUCCUAGGGGAGGUGUUUCCUACUGGAAGGAGGCCCUCAGGCAGACCCCGGAAUUGCUGGAAGCUCUGACCCAGACCCGAAAACAGAUGAGUGGGUGGGUUUCAAAGUGAAUUUAAAAUCUUCCUGCUGAAAAUUAUAACAAGAUGAUCAAUGUUGUUCACUUCACCUGUCUGGUUUUAAUGUUGUGGCCGAUCCUCGUACCAUUCUAUCAAAGUGUAAAUGUGACUAUUUAACAUACCCCAAAUGUUUGAAACAAGUAUGCACCAAGAUGUUCUUGUGUGUGCCUGUAAAUAGAGAUUUAGGAGUAUCUUAAUUGUGCUGAAAUUCAGACAAAAUAUGUGCGUUCAACGCAGAGCUUUGGAAUGAAACCCUUCAGAGUUGGAUUAUUCCUGCAUAACAGGCGGCAUCUUUGUAUGAAUAUUCCUGCCGUCCGGGAGACUCUUGAGAAUAGUUAAGUGAUGUUUUAUUGUCUUACUGACCUGAUAAUUUUUUUAAAAGAAAGCUCACUUCAGCUGCGACUGAGAGCCAGCUAUUUUUUUGAUGUUUGGCAGCUCGUGGCUCCACAGUGGCAUCUGGAAGAGAGACUGCGACCUUGUCCGAGAGGUAAAGCAGAGCCGUGAAGGACAAGGGGGACGGUGUUGACGAAACAUGGCUCACGGAUGAAAUUACUGUGCCUAUAUACUUUCAAACUCGGAAGUAAAAUACAAAUUUUAAUGUGAAAGAGUAAUGUGUUUAAAUUGAAGUGCUAUGUACUGUUUUUGUAGUUUUUGCUUCAUUUCUUUCUUAAUUUUUUUUUUUUACUCAGUGUACAGAAUUGAAAAAUUACCCACGCAGCUGAAAAACACUCACGAACUGGAUGUCGCCAUUUUGGUAGCUUUUUAUUUAGAGUGUGUUUUUAGGGUGUUUUAUAUCAAAAAUAUUUUUUAGUCUUGCUGUUCUUCUUAUACUGCUGUCAUUUUGUACGGCACUGUGUUUGUCAGCAUGAAAUGUGUUUUAUUCAACCGUUAUUUGAGCACACAUUGUGACUUUAUGUACAUGGAUGUACUUGUACAAGGGCUACAGUUUCUUAACGUUUUUGGAUGAACAAUUGUUAAUUCAAACGAUGAUGCUCUGAGGCUGGAGAUCACACUCCUGAUACACCAGGACCCUGUUUUGUAUAAAUUAUUUGAGUUAUCAAAUGAGUCUCAUUUGUGCAGACGUGUGCAUGUUCCUUCACUCAGGAGCCAUUUAUGGUGUCAUUUUCUGACUUUGAAGGUAAAACGAGCAAAAUUGACUUCUUCUGCAAAUGGAAGUGUUUUCUGAAAACUUUAGUGUAAUGGCUAAUAAAGAUCAUCUUCAUAAACUUUUUGGCCUCACAACAGAUCAACAAGAGACACUGAGAUUAUUUAAGAUGAUCUCUUUUUCUGAUCUGUAGAUUCAUGCUGAACUAAGUUACAGAGUGCCUUUGGGGCAUGGGUUUGAAGACAUUUUGAACUCGGUUACUUACUCGUUA